CAGCUCAUUCAACUGUACAACCCUGCAGAGGUAGUUGCUUGUCUGUCCCCCUGCGUAACUUGCAAUGCGAUGUUUUAUUUUCGGCUUGGGCUUUUAAUUUGUAAUCUACCCCCAAAAGGACUUCGGUCGCUAGCGCUGCUUUUGUUUGUUUUGUAACAAAUACAGUGAGGCAACAAAGUCUGGGGGACUCUAAAAAUCAGGAGGGAAGAACAACGCUAUCUGCAGCCGCCACCACCCGUGGUUCUUGACAAGUUAGCCGACAAUGGCAGACGUCGGUGUCUUGAUUGCCAGCAUCUUGGCUGCUCUUUCACUCGUGUGGUUCCUGCUGUUAAGGAGAAGAAGAGAAGGCGAGCCUCCAGUUGAAAAUGGAUGGAUUCCAUACUUGGGUUGUGCUUUAGCAUUUAGUGCAAAUCCUCUCAAGUUUCUACAAACUUACCAGAAGAAGUAUGGAGAUACUUUUACUUGUAAGAUAGCUGGGAACUUCAUCACGUUUAUCACUGACCCCUUCUCAUACAGUUCUGUCAUUCGGCAUGGAAAAUAUCUUGACUUUCAGAACUUUGGAAUAAAAGUUUCAAGAAGGGUAUUUGAUCAUGUAGAUUUUAAUGAUGCUAAAUAUGGGGUAGAUUAUGAAGAGAUUCAUCAAAUCUUCAACAAGACCCUGCAGGGAAGCGCUUUGGGCCCGUUGGCCGCAAGUAUGAUGGAGAAUCUCCAGUUUGUAAUAUCACAAAUAAAGUCAUCCUUGGACUCAGACGGAUGGAUCACUGGAUGGCUUAAUGAAUUUUCAUUCAGGAUAAUGUUUGAAGCUGGGUUUCUAACACUCUUUGGAAAAAAUGAAAAAGCAAUGGCAGCAAUGGAUAUUGAAAAGGUCAAUGCACAGCACGCUGCCAUUCUCACUGCAAUGGAGAAUUUUAAAGUGUUUGACGCAUCAUUUCCUGCUUUAGUUGGUGGUAUUCCAGUAUUGUUUCUCAAAGCAGCCAAGGAAUCAAGAUUGGCUCUAGCACAAAUGUUGGUGUCUAAAAUCUUAAAUCGGAAUGACAAUAAAUCUCUUCUCAUUGAGGAAAGAAUGAACCUUUUGGACCGUUCACCUACACUUGAUGAUCUUGACAAGGCAAAGACACAUGUCGCAAUGCUGUGGGCUUCGCAGGCCAAUACCGUCCCGGCUAGUUUCUGGAGCAUUUAUUAUCUAUUAAGGUGCCCAGAAGCACUGAAAGCAGUGAGAAAUGAAAUUGACGACCUACUUCGCAUAACAAAUCAAAAAAUAGGAGACGCUAAUAAUCCUGUCAUAUUCACCAGAGAACAACUAGAGAGUAUGAGAGUUAUGGGUAGUCUGAUAAAUGAAGCUCUCCGCUUAUCCAGUACGUCAAUAAUGUUACGUGUUGCCACUGAGAACUUCGCGCUGACACUGGAUUCCGAUGUAAAGGUGGCUGUGCGAAAAGGAGACCUUAUUUGUUUAUAUCCUCAACAACUACACUUGGACCCAGAUAUUUAUGAAGACCCUUUGGAAUUUAAAUAUGAUAGAUUUUUGGAUGAGAAUGGGAAAGAGAAGACUGCAUUCUACAAAAAUGGUAGAAAACUUAAGCACUAUCUUUUGCCAUUUGGCAGCGGUGUCAGUAUAUGUCCUGGUCGCUUUUUCGCUAUCAAUGAAAUCAAACAGUUUUUGUCUAUAUUGUUAUGCUAUUUUGACAUGGAACUAUCUGAUCCCUCAGGACCCAUUCCACCCCAAGAUAAUUCAAGGUCUGGGUUAGGAAUUCUCCAACCAGCCCAUGAUGUUCAGUUUCGUUAUCGUCUGAAAUAAUAACCCACUGAUUCUGGCACAAUGCCUAGUAUAGAAGAUUUCUUUCUUUAUUUAGGCUAUAUAAAAAACUAGUACUCUUCUGCUUUAUAGUUCAAUGCUAACCCCUGUUAUAACAAUUGUAUAGUAAUUAGAGUUUUUAAAAAGUGUUGCAUGUAUCCUACUGUUUCUUAAUUUUUGUACUACCAGUUGUAGAAUACAGGACUAAAUUUGUGAAGGAACAAUUUGCUGUACUGCAGUUGGGUGUUGGUAUCAGUGACAAUGUUUUAUCAAUGAAGAAGUAUAUGGAAUUAUAUAAUAAUAUUCAACAUGGAAAACAGUAAUUCAGCCAGUCUAGCAUGUGCGGGUGUUCAGAAUGCACCCAACUCUUUUCUCCUACUAAUAUUAUCUCAGCCCUUUCAGCAUAUAUCUUCCUAUUCUUGUUUUUUUAAAAUAUAUUCAACUAAAUUCUUUCUGAAAUCUCUGUGCAAAGAAAACAGUUUUUAAGUGAACCCAUUUCAGGGUACCCUGCCCUUCACUAAGAGAAUUCUUCCGGUGGCUCUCGAAGGCUUCUCCAGGAUCAUUUGUGUUGCUAUAUUAAAAACUAUGAUUCAAUGUAAAUUAUCUCCACCUUCCCCCAACCCCCUUUCUUCUGAUCCUUUGGGCUUGCCAUUUUGACCCAGUCUUCCCCUUGCCCUUCCUUCAUCCACCUUUGUUCCCUUCCUCUUCCCCAUCCACAACCUUCACAUACAGUUCCCCGCCCCAACACCCAUCUGCUUCAAACUGUCAUUCACCUCUCCCUUCUCCUCUGAUGGCUCCCAUUCUCAUCUCCUUCAAUUAUCAGAAUCCUCUACUGGUUUUCUUGCUUAUCUCUGUCCAGCAGCCAUCUACCGUCUUUACACUCCCGCCUUCCACCUUUAUCUGUUGUUAUCCUCUCCUUUUUCUUCUCUCCCUUUUGUCUACCUCAAACCAUCAUUCGCCUGCCAUAGUCAUCUGACUCCACCCACUCACCUCCCCUGUCAUCUUAUAUUAUGCCGGAAGUGCGAUAGUGUCAGUGGGGAGUAGUGUGUGAAGGUGCCAUUAGCAAGGACAAAGUUCUUGGUAAACUGAAAGGUCUGAAAGUAGAUGGACCAGAUGGUAUAUACCCCAGGGUUCGGAAAGAGGUGGCCGAAGAGAUUGUGAAGGCAUUAGUAAUGAUCCUUCAAGAAUUAAUUGAUUCUGGCAUACUUCCAGAAGAAUGGAAAAUUACAAAUGUCACUCCACUCUACAAGAAAGGAGAGAGGCAGAAGAAAGAAAACUAUAGGCCAGUUAGUCUGACCUCAGAGGUUGGGAAGAUGUUGGAGGCGAUUGUUAAGGAUAUAGUUUCAGUGUACUUGGAGGCAAAUGAUAAAAUAGGCCAAAGUCAGCAUGGUUUCCUUUAAGGGAAAAUCAUGCCUGACAAAUAUUGUACGUUGGAAUUCUUUGAAGAAAUAACAAGCAGGAUAGAUGAAGGAGAAUUGCUGAAUGUUAUGUACUUGGAUUUUCAGAAGGCCUUUGAUAAGGUGCCACACAUGAGUCUGCACAACACAUUAAGAAAGAUACUAGCAUGGAUAAAGUACUGGAUGAUUGGCAGGAGGCAAAGAGUACGAAUAAAGGGAGCCUUUUCUGGUUGGCUGCCAACGAAUAGUGAUGUUCCUUAGGUCUGUGUUGGGACCGAUUAUAACCAUAUAACAAUUUCAGCACGGAAACAGGCCAUCUUGGCCCUUCUAGUCCAUGCUGAUCAUUUUACAUUCUAUAUCAAUGACUUGGAUUGAUGGCUUUGUGGCAAACCUAGCCGAUGAUGCAAAGAUAGGUAGAGGGGCAGGUAGUUUUGAGGAAAUUUGCUUCAGAAGGACUUAGACAGAUUAGGAGAGUGGACAAAGUAGUAGCAGAUGGAAUAGUGUGUCAGGAAGUGUAUGGUCAUGCACUUUGGUAGAAGAAAUAAAAGUGUAGACUAUUUUCUAAAUGGAGAGAAAAUACCAAAAUCUGAGGUGACAGGGACUUGGGAAUCAAGGUUAAUUUGCAGGUUGAGUUUGUGGUGAGGAAGGCAUUUAUUUCGAGAAGACUGGAAUAUAAAAGUAACGAUGUAAUGUUGAGCAACGCACAUAAAAGUUGCUGGUGAACGCAGCAGGCCAGGC